AGAGUCAAGAGUCAAGAGUCAAGACUCAACCAGAGGCUCAACCUUAACCUUAUUGACAGAGUCAGAGUCAGAGUCAGAACUGCUCAAGCACAGCUCUGCUCCACAAGGCGGAAUCAUAAUACUGUACAAUGCUGUAGGCACACGCCGCGGCGUUCCCAAGCUCUAUUUCCAGCAAAAUGCACAACGCUUUGGCCCUUGUGCACUGGCAUGGCCAUUAUUGAGGUAUUGACUCAGCAUCCACAACUUUUCCAAUGCCGGGUCAUUCACAAUCCACCCCUCCACCAAGCCCUUCAGGUUUGGGACCUGGAAAUGCUCCGUGAGUACCUACCUAGCAGGGCCCCUCGGCACGCGGCUGUGAUAGUGCAAAGUGGCUGGCUUGGGAAGGAACUCCGUGUCGUUUCUCUCCAAUACGAGUAUUGGCCGAAUAUCCAAGCGCGCACUGCCAUUGGCCCAUACGCGCCUAGUCAGGGACCACCAGGACCAAGACCUCAUUUUGUUCCUCGGAACUUUUUGGUAGGCGAGGCUCGAUUUGGCAGCGACCGACCUUCCACCGUUGCUUCCUGGGCGUCAGUGGCCUUCUGGUUAAUUAAGACUGCGCUGCACUCCGGAGAUACAAUACUGUAGUCAAUUUAGUAUGGACUGGUGAGCGACGGCAUGCUUUGCUUUGCUUCUAAAUCCCCUCUUCUCCUGAAUUCCUUCGUGUCCCGGUUUCAGCUUCGCUUUUUUGUUCCUGUUCCUGUUUACCUCUGCCGUUCGACUUAGUCAAUAAUACACACAGACAACAUCUUCAACUUUCAGUCCAUAGCACUAUGCGCUAUCUCUAGACACAGACAUCCACUUGCCGCGAGCACAUUCGCACACUCACACUCACACUUUCCAGUCAAUUACAGCCAGUCAGUCAACCAUGGAACAAUCACCAAGUGCAAGACCGUCUGGUCUCCCGAGACCAUCGAGACUACCUGUACCCAGCCUACGUGCUACUCCGUCAAAAGAUAACCUACAAGCAUCCAGACAAAGUAGCAUUGUCAAUCCGCGACUUCGAAGCUCUGCCUCGCACAACACCCUGUCCACACAAUUUUCGAAGCCUCGUGUCCCGUCGACCUCCAAUCGCCAAUCUAUCCUAGCUUCCCGCGAUCGAGACGUCUCAACUGGUACCGUUAUACAUACUCCUGCUGUCCAACAGCCCCGAAGGAAAGCUAGUCAGGAUGUUCUGUUCAGGAAGCCGUCAAGGCCUGCCAUGAGAGUAGACCCCGUCCAGGUCGAGGCAAGAGAUGAUCAUGAUGUGAUCGAAAAAGAUGAUAGUCCAGUACUGGAGGACACACAAACAUAUGAUCUACCUCGGAGUUCCAGGCCACGACCAUCUCUGUCCGAACGAACAAUGGAAACACUGCAGAAUAUACCCUCUUCACCAGCAGUACGGAAGCGAGGUUCAAGUUUCUACAGGAACGAUAGUCCCAUGAGACCUCCAUCUCGGUCUGUAAGCUCAAGGCCAACCUCGAGUGCUGGAUCCGGAACCAGCUCUGGAAAUUCGAUACCAAUCGACUUUCGAGCUUCGACAAAUACCUUCAGGCCACCACAAUCAGUAUUCCAUGGGCAAACCCCACAGAAGCGUCCUGGUACUGGGCAGUCUUCGAAGACGCCAUCCACGAGUCAGAGUAUGGCUCCUCCAGAAGUCUCGAGGCUUCCAUCGCCAAGUUUCUCAGCCUCUCUUCACAGAUCACCAAGCCCAGUCAAGGGAACAAAUCUACCAAAUAUCAAAGCUGGCAGCAAGACGCUUUCCGCACGGCCACUGAAACCUCGAGCCUCAAUCAAUGGCUUGUUCCGGAAACCUUCCACACAGAACCUGGAUCAAGCGAACGAUUUAGACAGAAUUGGGUUCGUUCCUAAGAAACAAUCGACAACUUUCUCAAAUAGCUCGUCCGAAGCUGCGUCAACCACUUCCAAGACCUCCAAAGCCACAAGCACAUUUUCAGGUGGCUCUGUGGAUGAUCAGACUACAACUCCAAGAAAGUCGUCUCUUGCUCUACGUGAUCAAAUCGCUAAAGCUAAGGCUGCGAAGCGUGCUGCUGCAUCCAAACAGUCGUCCACCGUUGAAUCGGAAUCCUCUGACGCAACAGUCAUCCCUGCUGUCACUUUUGAUUUUGGGCUUGCCGACGAUCCAUUCAAUCAGCAAGUGCGACAGGAUGGUGCAAAAGGCCUGCUUCGGAAACGCAUUGACGCAGCGAGGACGGAUGGAAGGCUCAAUAUUGCAGCAAUGGGCUUCAAGCAGAUCCCAGAUGAAGUCAUGGACAUGUACAAUUUGGACUCGAUAACUUCUCAAGGUGGUGCUUGGGCUGAAUCUGUUGAUUUGACAAGAUUUAUUGCUGCCAAUAACGAACUUGAAUUGCUUUCAGACGACGUUUUUCCCGAUGUGGAUCCCAGAGAAAGUGCAGAUGACGAUGAUGCAAAAGGCAAUCAGUUUGGAGGACUGGAGACACUUGAUUUGCAUGGCAAUGUUUUGAUAGCUCUACCUCUGGGACUUCGUAGACUAGAGCUACUAACUACUCUGAAUCUCUCGAACAACAAGCUUGGCAAUGAAGUAUUUCAGGUUAUAUCUCAGGUACCCUCGUUGCGCGAGUUGAAGAUUGCCAGCAACGGAUUGACUGGCCCAUUGGACCCAAGCAUAACGGCCCUCACAAACCUUGAGCUGUUAGACAUGCAGAGCAACGCACUUACCUCCUUACCCGAAGGUUUGGCAGAGCUAGUGAGAUUGCGGGUCCUCAACAUCACAGAGAAUAAGUUCAAGUCUCUACCUUUCGAAAAACUCCGCCAUCUGCCUUUGAUUGAGCUUCUUGCCGCCAAGAAUCAGCUCACAGGGACUUUGAUUUAUUCAGAAGUAGACGAGCUGCGUCACCUCCAAAUCUUGGACAUCACUGCAAACGCUCUCACUAAUCUGGAUGUCUCGGGGACUCUGAGGCUUCCAGCUCUUCACCAGCUCAGCUGUUCCGCAAAUCGGUUAACCGAGCUUCCAGACUUGGAAUCAUGGGUUUCACUUCUUACCCUGGCUGCGGAGGAUAAUAAUCUGGGAUCCAUACCCGACGGCUUCGUGAAGCUGCCAAAGAUCAAGAAUGUAAACUUUAGUGGGAACAAUCUCAAGACCUUGGACGACAGGAUAGGAGCAAUGGAGAGUCUCGACAUAUUCAGAGUAAGCGGUAAUCCAUUAAGGGAGAAGAAAUUCUCAAGCAUGACGACCAAGGACUUGAAGCGAACCCUGAAAGCACGAAUGGAACCUGAAGAACCAGAAAUGAACACGGGCGCCGAUGGAGACUUCUAUUCAGCUUCAGGUACACCACCUGCAUCACCUCGUCCCGGUUCGUCAGAUUGGCCAGUCAAAGCAGGCGGCGUGUUGGAUCGAUCAAACACCCAGUCUCACUCUCUAAAUCCCGUUGCCGCCGCGGAUAUCGCCUCCGCCAACUCGAUAUACGUCGUAGAACUGCACCACAACAUAUUCAAAGAGAUCCCAGCCUCAAUCGCAUUCUUCGCCGCAACUCUAACAACACUAAACCUCAACCACAACGAGCUAACAAGCGACUCCUUCCUCAAAGACGACCUCGACCUCCCCACCCUCAAAGACCUCAACCUCAGCUCCAACACCUUCAACUCCCUCCAACCGCUCAUCCAGCGCCUCAAAGCCCCCCACCUCUCCAGACUCGACAUCAGCUUCAAUCGCCUGACCUCCCUGCCCCCUCUCAAACCCCACUUCCCCAGCCUCGUCACCCUCCUCGCCUCCCACAACACCAUCCGCGAACUCUCACCCGAUGCCGUCAAGGGUCUCCGCGUCCUAGACUGCAGUAGCAACGACAUCAAUAGUCUUAAUGCCCGUAUUGGACUCCUUGGUGGGCCCGGGGGAUUGCAGACUCUCGAUGUGAGUGGGAAUCGGUUUAGGGUGCCGAAGUAUACGGUGUUGGAGAAGGGGACGGAGGCGACGCUUGCGUGGUUGAGGGAUAGGAUUCCGGUUGGGGAGAUGGGUUUGGGGGAGGUUGAUUAGUGGAUUGGUGGAAUUGGCUUUUGAUUCGGUUCUUGAGCUGUGUUUGGACAUGGGAUGGAAUGAGUGAGUGUGGUGUUUUUUGUAAAUUAAGUUCUUUUUCGCUACACUGGGGAUUGGAGUUUGAGGUGUCUUGAUCGUUCUUGGACUUAUUGUUUGCCGCUGCUACUGCUUCUGCUGCUCUUGUUAUUAGUGGAGAGAGGGCUGGCGUCCACUAUCAACUGGUUAGAUGCCGAUCCGAUCCACCUGCAAAGACACAGGGAAGGAUCGAGGAAAGAAGGGAAGGGAAAGGGAGAAGGGAUUCUUAAAAAUUCAUUCUGUGAAGGCAGGCCGGUCUUCAUUUCUUCCAUGCCUGGUAGGAUAGGGUAGCGUAGGGUAGGGUAGGAUGGAGUGGGGGAAGGCACAUAGAUUACUUACUUACUUCGGUGGUACAUUGUAAUACCCAAUACCAAUACCAAUACCAAUACCAAUCAAUUAUUGUUUGUAUAAUCAUUUACAUAAUCUGACCUCACUCAUUCUCUCGAUUAUUCGAUUAAUUAAUUAAUUAAUCAAUCAAUCUGGAUGAUGCCGUGGCCGAUCAAUUCAUUAUUUGCUUCACCUAUUAACAAUCCGCAACAACAUCCCUUUCUUUCCAUUCUCUCAUCUCAUCUUCUCAUCUUCUCAUCCACUCAUCUUCUCAUCUCAUCCGCCCCGAAGCAGAAGCAGAAGCAGAACAGACCUCUUAACAGAACAGAACAUAACACCUCAAUCACCUUAAUCACCUCAUAACACUUCAUAAAUAUAACAUAAUAUUGAAUUUGUAUUUGUAUUACUAUCUACAUUCGCAAUCACGCGUCCGUCCGUCUCUCGUAAUAAGACAUAAGACAUAAGACAUAAGUAAAGCCGUGAAAACAUAUAAUCAUCAAUGCGGUGAAUGCUCAUGCUCAUGCUCAUGCUCAAAGCAAAUCAAAUCAAAUUAAUACCAACCCUUCGUGACGCGACGUGAUACGCUAAUGCCCAGCUCGCCUGGAUGAGGUGCAUGGGAGGUCUUCUUGUCAGCUAGGCGUGAUGUCCAAGUCCUGAGACUCUGAGGAUAAGGUGGUGCGGUGAUCUCAGGGCUGAUGCAGCUUCUCGAUCGCACUUUCGAGCUUCUUGCUAGUCGUUGGACCUAGAAACAGGCUCGUCUCCUCCGAUGCGAUCAACCCAACCCAACCCAACUUCAACCUCAAGCUCUCCCCUUUCCCUUACUCUCCUCCCCCCUCCU